AUGGCCGUCAAAGGACCUCUUGUUGCAGCCACAACGCUUCCAUUCUUAACCCGAGAUGCAUACAGUCCUUCGGCUGUGCGGGCGUGCUUUCUCCUUCCUGCCAAGUUACCGGGUCUGGAUUUGAAGAUCUAUGACAAGAAUGCAGACGUAGUUCGAGAACACAGCAUCCAGGGUGUUCGAUGCGAUAUCCAACUCAUGUCUACCAAUCUGGAUUUGCGCCCAACACACAAUGGACAGAGGGUACUUGGGGCGCAGAAAUCCGCGCGAAUACUGGCGGGGCGUGGGCGCAAAUUACGACGUCUAUCGACAUCUACGGCUGCAGCAGAAGGAUUUGAAGAACAACAAGGUUACCGGACCUCUUGUUCAUUAUCGAACGAACUGACGUAUCUAGACAUAUCAAAGAAUGCGAUGGUACUCAUCAAUGCUAUCAGUCACUUUAACGACUGGCAAUUGCCCAACUAUGAAGCAGCUGACAUUGGAACUACGGAACGCAUCGCGCUGAUCGGCGCAACGGUGCCUCAGGACUGCAAAGUGCUGCCUCUAUCCAGCCACUGGCUCACCACGUUUGACCACCUGCGCUCACCGCAACCGCCUGGGUCGCCGAUUCAUUGCUUCCACCGGCGUGCGUCGGCUCAGGCAAACAUUGUCCUCUGA